AUGAAUCAGCAUCUAACUGUUAUCGCCCCAUUUAAGUUCUCUGGAGCCAAAAAGGAUGUUUCCAGAAUUCCAGCAUUUUUGUUGAGUUUCGAAACCCAAUUUGCUAUGUGUGGUAUUAAAGACGAUUACGUGAAAAUUUGUUUUGUAGGUCAAAAUCUUACUGAUAAUGCUUUACAAUGGUUCACUAACUACUUUAACCAUAACGACUGUAGAGCUAUGACAUACUCUGCAUUUGCCGCUGACUUUAAGGAUUACUAUAGUUCCAAGAUAGACUCGUACCAGAUCGUGGAAAAGUUGAAGCGAGUUUCACAAAAGGAGGAUGUCGAUACGUAUGUUAAACAGUUUAUGACGUACUAUGACAUGUUACCUCGUAAUUAUAUGUCAGAUGAUUUUGCCAUUGAUUUGUUCAUACAAGGACUGAAGAUUCAAACUCGCCAAUUGAUGAGAAUGCACCGUUUUGACAAGUUAAUUGAUGCUGUCAAUGCUGCUGUAAGAACCGAACAUUGCCGUGAAGACUUGGAUGUUUCAUUGAAUUUUGACAGUAACCUUGUUGGAAAUACGAAUAAAUUAGAUAAGGACUUAGAUUACAUAAUGAAUGCGAUCGAUAACACAAGACGUGGUUAUUCGAAUGCCAGGAGAAGAUAUACCGGAAGAGACAAAGGAGGGAAGAAUUCCUAUAGAAAGGAUAACUUCCAAGAGAAGUUUUACAAUGUUUGUAGAAGAAACAAGUUGUGUUUCAACUGUGGCUCCCCAGAGCAUGCAAGAGCUAAUUGCCCUGGUAAUGCGAGGCCUUCCUAUUAA